CUAUAUAUAUUCUGUUCUGUGGUGUUGCAUCUUGCCAAGUUGCCAUUUGUCAAAUAUGUAGCUAAUUGGUAUUUUAGUAUUUUUUUGUCUCUGGUAGUUUAUUUCAUUUUAGUCCAAUAUCAAUUCAAAUAUAAAAUACUAAAUGGAGUCGGAAAUUUUCAAUGGAUUGCAGAUCAAGGAAGAAAUUGAGGCGUUCCUGGAUGGUCCAAUGGAUAUUGACAGAAGUGACUUUGAAUUAUCCUUGAAGGCUGAAUUAGACUAUGAGGAUCAGUCAAAUAUGUCCACAUGUGACCAGGGAACUGAUAGCCAAUCACCAGUCUCAGAGCACAAUUCAUUGAGUGGAAAAUCAGAUUCAAGGUUGACUAGAGCCAUUGAAAGAGAAGUGUGUGGUGGUAGAAUAGCCAAAGUAGUAUUAGUAAGGUUGGAGGAAUCGUUUGAAGGCUGCAAUCAACAGAAUCUAUGUCCAUACCAGAUGGCGACAGUUACUGUUAAAAAGGAGGAGGAGGAUAGCAGCCAGCAACCAGCUGCAGUGGAAGAUGAAUGCAGCCAACAACAUUAUCUAAUCCCUGGCUACAACAUGAUCUUCAUCAAAGAGGAGGCAUAUGAUGAUCAAGAGGCUGAAGGAAGUGCAGUGAAGAGUGAGCCAGAGAUGUGGCCUUCAAAGUGCAGCACAUCUGGCCGAGACGAUGCAACAGAAGUGGGUGGACUGAAUGAGCAUUCAAUCUCUCCAGUGGAAAAGUGCACUGAGUCAUCUGUGGCUGGCAAAAAGAUCAAACUCCACAGCUGUGCUCACUGUACCUAUAAAACACCAAGGUUUGGUGAUUUGAAGAGACACAUUCGGAAACACACUGGUGAAAAACCAUUCAAUUGCGAGUUUUGUGACUACAAAAGUGCGAAGUUAGAUAAUAUGAAAAGACAUAUCAGAACUCAUACAGCAGAAAAACCUUUCAAUUGCAAGUUUUGUGACUACAAAAGUGCUCAUUCAGGUGUUUUGAAGAAGCAUACCAGAACACAUACUGGAGAAAAACCUUUCAGCUGCAAGUUUUGUGAAUAUGAAUGUGCUGUUUCAAGUAGUUUGAAAGAACAUAUUAGAACUCAUACAGGAGAAAAGCCAUUCAGCUGCGAGUUUUGUGACUACAAAAGUGCAAGGUUAGGUUAUUUGAAAGCACAUAUCAGAACACAUAAUGGAGAAAAACCUUUCAGCUGCGAAUUUUGUGAUUUUAGAAGUUCUAGGUUAGGUAAUUUGAAAGAACAUAUCAGAACACAUACUGGAGAAAAGCCUUUCAGCUGCGAGUUUUGUGACUACAAAAGUGUAAAGUCAGGUCAUUUGAAAGCACAUAUCAGAACACAUACUGGAGAAAAACCUUUCAGCUGCGAGUUUUGUGACUACAAAAGUGCUGAGUUAGGUAGUUUGAAAAAACAUAUCAGAACACAUACUGGAGAAAAACCUUUCAGCUGUAAGUUUUGUGAAUAUAAAUGUGCUGAUUCAAGUGGUUUGAAAAAACAUAUUAGAACACAUACUGGAGAAAAACCUUUCAGCUGCGAUUUUCGUGACUAUAAAAGUGAAAGGUUAGAUGAUUUGUAAGUACAUAUCAGAACACAUAACUUACAGGAGAAACAACUCCUAGCUGAGCAUUCAUAAUAGUCACUACCACAGCUUUAACAAACCAUAGCUCUAAUUACAGAAUAGAUCUUUUGUGAACUGUAGGGAUAUAAACUGUUUUCGUUAUUGUUCUGCCUGUUUGCACAGACUUGUUUUAAUCAUGAUUCUGUCAAUUCUCA